AUGGGCAAAUCAUCGAAAAAGGGCGGCGGCAAUAAUAAGGGAGCUGCUGCUGCUGCUGCUCCCAAGAAGUGUAUCUGUGAUCAUCCGUACAAUUGUGACUGUGGGAAUCGUCCGGAACGUCCUUCCAGAGGCCAUCGAUGGGAUCCGGAAACACAGCAAUGGGGCGGCAAAGGUCACAAACAAAAAGGUGCAUCGGGUCAAACGGCCUUGAUUUCGCAAGCCGCCAAAACGACCGAGUUAGGUAAGACCCAAAUUGAACAAUGGCAACGGUUGCCGUCGACACUCCUCAAGGAAUACUGUCAACGGGAAAAACGACGACCUCCCAAGUUCAAGAAUAUCAGUAAGAUCAACAACAGCACAAGUCUGUAUCGCGUCAUUUUACCCGAUGCCAAAGAUCCCAAUAAAGACCUCUUCUUUGUCCCCUCCAAGGGAGUCCCCAAUGCCGAACAAGCCAUGGAAGAAGCCUGUAUUCUGGCACUGCUGCAUCAAACACCCAAACUACCGCACGAACGCAAAUUGCCAGAACCUUACAGGACUACCUGGUUGCAUGCCAUUCAGAACAACAAGACAAAUAAUAAUGAAACGACGACCAAACCAACAACAUCUGACAACAAUCAGAAUAAGAAACCACCGUCAUCAUCUUCAGGCGGUGGAGCCCAAGCAUCGACGUCCUUGACGAGUGGCAAAAAAUUCAUUAGUAGUGCCGAUCAACGGCAACAUCAAGACGAACGCAAACGACAACGGGCCAAAAAGAUUCGACACUAUGAAGCCCUUCGCAUGGCCAAUCAAAAUCAUCCCGUCUUUCUCGCGGCACAUUUGCGCAAGGACAUUCAAACAUUGUUGCGAGGCGACACGGUUGUCAUUGUCGACGAUAAUAAUGACAAUGACAUGCCAGAAGAUGAAGAAGAGAAUGAAACUACGACACUGAUCAAUGAUGGACAUGCCUAUGUCCUCAAUCGGUUGCGGCAGGAAGGAUUCACCAAGCGACAAGUCAUGGCAGCAUUGCAGAAUGUUACUGCUGCCAAAAACAGUGAAGACGAAGAAAAGUGGGAUGCCUUGUACGAAGAAUGUCUCCAAUGGCUCUGUAUUCAUCUCGAUGAAGAUCAGUUGCCCGAAGGAUUUGAUCCACGGGGAGGAACACUCGAUGUCAUUGUCAGUACCAAACAAUCACAAUCACAACCAAACAACAACAAUACUAAUAAAACCACAGCAACAACACCAAUCAGUCCACAAGCAUCCCAGUUGGCAUCCCGAUACGGUAUUACACCCACCGAAGCAGAGCGAAUCGUACAACAAGCCGACAAUAAUCAGGCUCUAGAGGCAAUCUUGUACAAGACAUUUCAAACGGCGGCGGGAACGCCCUUGGUACCAUUAUCCGACGCUAGCACAACCCCCAAUGACCACGACAAUCGGCAAACACUCCAAGACGAAAUAGAAGCACUGGAAGCGAUUUAUCCCUCCGAAUUCACUUGUCGGCAAAACAAGGACGGAGAAACCAUUUUGACCAUUCAAAUGGACAAUGGCAGGACGCUUCAAGCGGUCGUACAAGAAGGAAUCUAUCCCAUGGCAUUUCCCACCCGCAUUUUGGUGGCGGGGUUGCCACCCUCCACAGGAGCGGCCGUACAUGUGCAACUCCUCACGUGGUUGUCAUCCACCAAUAUUGAAUUGGGAAAUCCCAUGAUGUUUGAAAUCUACGGACACGUCCAGGAACUCAUCGAAGACGCCGUGGCGGGAGAAUUACAGCCAGUCUCACUCUUGUCAGUACUGGGUGGUGGUGGUGAUGAUAAUGAUAUUGAUAAUAAUAACACCAAUGGAACUGGAACUGUCAAACCCAAACCGGAAACGAAACAGCAGAAACAACAACAACAAAAACCAUCGUCAUCACGGCCAAGGACUCGUCCAAAGGCACGGCCACGAGUACGGUCCACAUUUUGGUCCACGUCGCCUCAUAAAACGACACCUGCCACGGCGUUUCCCAACAUUGGCAGAGCCAUGGACCAGGCGCGAAAGUCCUUGCCGGCUUUCAAAGCACGAACCGACUUUUUGAACGCCAUGGCCCAAGCCGACAAGGGCGGUCGUGUCAUGCUGGUGACGGGUGAUACAGGAUGCGGCAAGACGACUCAAAUUCCACAAUUCAUUUUAGAAGAAGCACCACUGGAGUCCAAGAUUGUCGUGGCGCAGCCUCGACGACUCGCCGCUACCGGAGUGGCUGCUCGAGUUGCCAACGAACGUGGCGAAAAUCAGCCUGGUCAAGAGAGUGUGGGAUAUGUGGUGAGAGGCGACUCGGCUCUUUGUGCCAAGAGUCGACUCAUCUUUUGUACUACCGGGGUGCUACUGCGCCAGCUGCAAUGUGAAGGAGCCUUGGAAAAUAUCACCACUAUUGUAGUCGACGAGGUUCAUGAGCGUCAUCUCGAUUCGGAUGUCUUAUUGGGUUUUCUCAAGCUCAGAUUGCGGGACUAUCCAAAGUUGAGAGUCGUACUGAUGAGUGCCACGUUGGAUGCGGAUAAGUUCGCCUCGUAUUGGGGCCCAAAGACACCCCGAAUUCAUAUUCCUGGUCGAACUUUCCCGGUCACAGAUUAUCUGCUAGAGGAUGUGCUGAGUGUAACUGGCUACAUUCCACCAAAGAACAAAAAGAAGAAAAAGUGGCAAGGAUUCCAACAACAACAACGGCCCAGGAAGGCUACCCCGUGGAAUGAUUCCGAAAAGUCAGACGACGAAAGCGACGACGAAGAGGUGGUGCCCUCCAAAACAUCCACCGGCAAUGGCCCCCAUCAUGGCAUCCCAAUUGAAGAUCUAGUCAAACGUGUCGAUGAAACUGACCUUGACUACGAUCUUUUGGGGCGCUUGAUUUGCCAUUUGGUGAGGACCAGAGGGCCUGAAGACGAUGGGUCAAUUUUGGCGUUUCUCUCUGGUGCUCCGGAAAUCAACAAUGCAAUGGAAGCGGUGAAGAGGAUAGGCCAAAACUUGCCCAUACUCGUUCUCCCUCUUCACGGAGGUCUCCAGCCAAAAGAUCAACGCCUCGUGUUUCAGCCCCCGCGAAAUGGAUUGACGAAGGUUAUCCUUUCCACGAAUGUGGCCGAAACUUCCAUCACAAUCCCAGACUGUACCAUUGUGAUCGAUUCCUGUCGCGAAAAACAAAGCUCUUACGACCCGACAAAUCGAAUGCCCUUGCUUUUGGAGCAAUUUGCAUCGAAGGCUAGUUUGAAGCAGCGAAGAGGAAGAGCUGGUCGUGUGCGUGAAGGAACGUGCUACAAACUGAUUUCCAGGAACACGUUUUCGAAGCUCAAGGAGCACGGGGAUCCCGAGAUUAAGCGUUGUGCGCUGGAUCAAACGAUGCUCUCGCUUCUCUUUUUGGGUUUUGGGGCUGGUUUCAUGGGUAAAUUGAUGGACCCUCCAUCCAAGCAAUCGGUUGAUUCGGCCUUGUUUAGUCUCAAAAAGCUUGGAGCAGUGUCUGCAGGCGACAAUCUCGCCGACAGUGUGCUCACACCUCUAGGAAUGCACUUGGCUGGUAUACCGGCACCACCAUCAGUGGGAAAACUAUUGGUGAUGGGGGCGAUUCUGGGAUGCCGCAAAGCUGCAUUAGCCAUGGCAGCGGGGAUGAGCCUCGGGAGAAGUCCCUUUCUCCGUGUUGACCCACCCCGGGUUAACCGUGGCGGCGAAGAGGACGAGAAAACGUCGGUCGAAAACAUCAAGAAACAAAUAGUUUUGGAUGAGCGCAAGGCUCUGUUCUCAAAAGUCGGAAACAGUGAUCACUGUCUACUUGCUGCUGUCUACCUGCAGUGGGACGACACUACGCCAGGUGGCGGCGGGCGCAAGUGGCUAUGCGACAAACUCGGGCUUGGCUUCAACAGCAUGAGAGAUAUGGUGCAACUUGUCAAUCAGUACGAUUCAAGUCUUCGAGCCGCCGGCUACACAGCUUCGAAAGAUGCCGACCGAAACAUGAGAAGUUGGACGAUCAUCAGAGCCUGUGCUGUUGCAGCUCUGGCUCCCAGCCAACUGGUUCGCAUUCAACGAUCCACCACAAAGUAUGUGGAAACCGUGGAAGGAGCUGUGGAGAAAGACGGAGAAGCAAAGGAGCUCAAGUUCUUCAUUCGAGGUAGUAUCGAGGAGCAGCAGGAACAAGCUCUUGCCGCAUCAAAGAAGUUGGAUGAACGUGUCUUCAUCCAUCCAAGUUCCUUCAAUUUCAAGGUUGGCAAUUACUACUGUCCAUGGGUGGUUUAUCACACAAUGAUUCGUACAUCCAAACCUUUCUUGCGCGAUGUCUCAGAAUGCAGUGCAUACUCGCUCCUCUUGUUUGCUGGUGACCUUGAGGUGCAAGCAAACGAAGGCAUCGUUGUCAUCGAUGGCUGGGUCAAACUUGAUGCAAAGGCGAGAAUUGGAUCCUUGGUCGGCGGCCUGAGGCAGCGCCUUGACAGCCUUUUGGCAAAGAAGAUUGACGACCCGUCGUUUGAGUUAGCAGGAUCGAAUGAAAUGAAACUCAUCGUGAAGCUUCUCGUGUCAGACGGCCACGGUUAGCUUGUGUGAUGACAGUUAGAGUUUGUCUUUCGGUUGCUUCCUCCAACACACAGAUGUUUCAAUGAUCCUGAGGGAGCGGGAUGGCCAGGGAACUAAAUGCCGCCCUAGUGGCACUUACCCCACUAACUGGUCCCCUCCUUCUCUCUUAGCCUUGACCCCCUUCAGAAUAAUCCAAUACUCUAGGCCCAUUUAUUAACAAUUC